CCUGGAAGAGGGGCAACCGGGACAGAAUCUGGCGCCCCGACCGGGACUAGAACCCGGUGUGCAGGUGCCGCAAGGCGGAGGAUUAGCCUAGUGAGCCGCAGCGCCGGCCAGGGUUGACUCUUAAUCACAGGUCAUGGCUCUUUCAGUGACUAAAUGGAAAGCCUGCUUGUUUAACCAGUCCCUCCUUGUCCGUGGUUCUGAAUCCCAAUUUUUUGUUUCUCCAGCCCACUGAGACUGCCACAAUCUCCAGGCUGCUGAUUUCCAUUUGACUUUUCUACUUGUAUCCUAUAUUAUCCAAUGUCCUGAGGGGAAAACGUAGCUCUGGCCAGAACUACAUUUGUUUCAGGGAGUAUUGCUGCUCUUUGGGGUCAUGUAUCCUCAAAUGUUGCCUUUUUUGGUUGUUCUACAGGGUCUUCUGGCAACUUUGUGUGUGUGUGUGUGUGUGUGUGUGUGAGAGAGGGAGAGAGAGAGAGAAGAGAGAUACAGAGGCGAGGCGAAUGUGUGUGUGGGAGGGGAAAGAGAAUGUAUGUGUGUGUACGUGGGAUUUUGUCUACCUUUAGUAGAUGUUCUUAGCAGGAGUGCUAGUCUGAUACCAGCUGCUCCAUCAUAACUGGAAGUGUAAGCCUUUACCCACAUUUAGAAUAAUUCUUAGAAGGACAUUUCAACAGACUUCCUCUUUCAGUAUUUAAUUCUUCCAGUAUUGCCUUUUUGAUCAAGGAUUUCCAUGUGUCUCUCUCCCCUCCCUAAGUGGUGAGGGAGCAAAGCCCUGUGUUAGAAAUGUGGGGUUUUCCAGUGCAGUCAGGGGCAGACCCAGGGAAUUGGGCUCCAAUUUAUUUUUCAGCUUUUCUUCCCUUAAUGUGCAAAUAUGGUCAGAAGGGUGGCAGGUUAGCACAAUAUUCUUUCAAUUUCUGGCCAGCUAUAUUACAUGUUUAAAUGAGAAUAUUUCCUUGUUAAGAAAGCAUUAUUUUUACUUAUAUGAACCAAUAAGACACUUGUUAUAUUCAAAGAAUUUAAGAUGCAGAGUUUAAGUUUGUGAAUUAAUAGACUUUAUUUUUAGAGUAGUUUUAGAUUUGGAAAAAAAAAAAAACCACCUGACCUGAAAGUACUGAGUCCUCACACGCCCCUUCUCUUGCUCACAGAGUUUCCCUUAUUAUUUACAUCUCAAAUUGAUGUGGUACAGAUGCAGUUUUGAAACUGAGUCAACGGUGACUUCUUCCCAAGGGCUUCUCAUCCUCAGCAGUAGCUCACAGUGUAUGCCAAUUCCUGUUUCUUUGCAGUAAUGUCAGAGGAAUAUGUUGUCAACCUGGAUGCAGGCCUAUCUGAAAUAUUUGGGAAAGUCUCCUGUGCGGUGAACUACUAGAGGAAAAGAACAGAAGCUGCUAUCAGUCAGGUGUUCACGAACAAAAUGCACAAAAUCCCGACUGACCGGAAUAACUCAUGAAGAAGGGGCUGGAUCCGUGGGUCAGAGAACACAGGACCAGUGUGCCACCCCAAGGCCGAAGGCCUCCUCCAACACAGCCCUCCAGGCUCUGAGAACUCUCUGACACAUCUUGACCAUGAGAACGCGGCUGGCUUUUGACAGGAUUCGUGCGCAGACCCAGCGGCCUUGAACUAGUCCAUGGAGGAGCCUCCAGAGCUCCCAGCCAGGCAAGCCGUCCCCUCCAGGGGGAAGAGCGGCGUGGAAGAGGACGGCGGCUGCAGCAGGAGUGGACAUGAACGCUGGUUUCCAGAGAGAACAGCGUUUUAGUUUUGGUCACCGGAAGUGGUGCCUGCAGCACAGAAGAGUGUCACUUCUCAUCCAAGACUGUUGAUCCCCAGCACGGGACCACGGGAGAGAAGAGGCCGGAAGGGAGCCGCCCCAGCAUCCAGUGUGGCAUCUCUCGUGCCAGGACCAGGGAUGACUGGGCCAUGGACACAGACAUCGCCCACCUUCAGCUGUUCGCAUAGCACACGGGGGACUCUUAGGGACCACUUGCCACUGCCAACUGCAACCACACGAUGGCAAUACUGACAUCCCACAUGGCGUGUUCCCGGCAGACAUGCAGGCAGGAAGUGCCGGUGCGUUUCCUGUCUGUGAAGUAGAGGGCCAUGCCUCACCAGUAUGACCUGCCCUGAGGUCACUUGCAGUCAGUGACACUUGCAAAAAAAAAAAAAAAAAAUUCCAAAGCCGUCUGGGGUUUGACUUCCACAGCUCUCGGCCAAAGCUGGACACCUCCCUCUGGGACACCCGGAUUGCUCGUAAAUGCAGCCUGCCCGGACCCUCCCUGAAUAGCCUCUGAAAUCUCUCCGAAGGUCAUGGAUCCUGAACAAAGUGCUAAGGGCACCAAGAAGGCGGAGGGAAGUCCCCGGAAGCGGCUGACCAAAGGAGAGGCCGUGCAGCCCAGCGUCACUUCCGGCGUCCCGUACCCAGGCAGCGGCACCGCUGCCUCCCAGGAGAGCACGCCCCAGGAGCUCCUAGCCCCGCAGCCCUUCCCGGGCCCCUCCUCGGCCCUCCGGGAAGGCUCUCAGGAGAAAACGGGCCAGCAGCAGAAGCCCCCCAAGAGGCCGUCGGCUGAGGCCACAGUCCACAUCUCACAGCUUCCGCAGCACCCUCUGACACCAGCAUUCAUGUCGCCCGGCAAACCCAAGCACCUCCUGGAAGGGUCCACCUGGCAGCUGGUCGACCCCAUGAGACCCGGACCUUCAGGCUCCUUUGUGGCCCCUGGGCUCCACCCUCAGGGCCAGCUCCUGCCUCCUCACGCUUCCAUCAUCCCCGCCGAGGACCUGCCUGGCAUCCCCAAGGUCUUUGUGCCCCGGCCCUCCCAGGUCACCUUGAAGCCCACGGAAGAGGCACCCAAGAAGGAGAGGAAACCCCAGAAGCCGGGCAAGUACAUCUGCCAGUACUGCAGCCGGCCCUGCGCCAAGCCCAGCGUGCUCCAGAAGCACAUCCGCUCGCACACGGGCGAGAGGCCCUACCCCUGCGGCCCCUGCGGCUUCUCCUUCAAGACCAAGAGCAACCUCUACAAGCACAGGAAGUCCCACGCCCACCGCAUCAAAGCGGGCCUGGCCUCGGGCAUGGGCGGCGAGGUGUACCCGCCGGGGCUGGAGAUGGAGAGGCUCCCCGGGGAGGAGUUCGAGGAGCCCACCGAGGGAGAAAGCACAGACUCUGAAGAGGAGACGGGCACCGCGGCCAGUCACACAGCCGAGCUCUCCCCCAGGCCCAAGCACCCGCUGCUCUCCAGCGCUGUGUACGGCUCCGGGAGCCACGGCUCCGGCCACGAACGCGGUUCCUUGUCCCAGUCCAGCUCGGCGCCGUCGCUCGAGGACCCCUCUGCGUUUGCAGAACCUUCCUCCGAGCACCCCCAGAGCCACAAACCUGAAGACACCCACACGAUUAAGCAGAAGCUGGCCCUCCGCCUAAGCGAGAGGAAGAAGGUGAUCGACGAGCAGGCCUUCCUGAGCCCGGGCAGCAAAGGCAGCACCGAGUCGGGCUACUUCUCCCGUUCCGAGAGCGCCGAGCAGCAGGCCAGCCCCCCCAACACCAACGCCAAGUCCUACGCCGAGAUCAUCUUUGGUAAGUGCGGGCGCAUCGGGCAGAGGACCGCCAUGCUGACGGCCACCUCCACCCAGCCCCUCCUGCCCCUGUCCACCGAAGACAAGCCCAGCCUGGUACCGCUGUCUGUGCCCCGGACGCAAGUGAUCGAGCACAUCACGAAGCUCAUCACCAUCAACGAGGCCGUGGUGGACACGAGCGAGAUCGACAGCGUGAAGCCCAGGAGGAGCUCGCUCUCGAGGCGCAGCAGCAUGGAGUCUCCCAAGUCCAGCCUCUACCGGGAGCCCCUGCUGCCCCACGGCGAGAAGCAAUCGCUGCUGAGCCUCCAGCACCCGCCCAGCACCACCCCUCCUGUGCCUCUCCUGAGAAGCCACUCAAUGCCUUCGGCCGCCUGCUCUAUCAGCACCCCCCACCCCACCUUCCGAGGUAGCUACUCCUUCGAUGACCACGUCACCGACUCCGACACCCUGAGCCGCAGCAGUCAAGUGUUUACCUCCCACCCCCGGAUGCUGAAGCGCCAGCCGGCCAUCGAACUACCUUUGGGAGGCGAGUACAGUUCCGAGGAGGCCGGCCCAAGCAGCAAAGAGGCAGCCUCCAAACCCUCGGAGGAACCGGAGCCCAAGGAGAGCGAACUCAGCAAAAAGACCAAGAAAGGGCUGAAGACGAAAGGGGCUGUCUAUGAAUGUAACAUAUGUGGUGCUCGCUACAAGAAGAGGGACAACUACGAAGCCCACAAGAAAUACUACUGCUCAGAGCUGCAGAUCACCAAGCCCAGCUCUGUGGGUGCUCACCCACCCCCCGAGGCCGACAAGGGCCAGGCAGAGCACGAGCCGUGGUCCCAGAUGAUGCAUUAUAAACUGGGGACCACCCUGGAGCUCACGCCCCUGAGGAAGAGGAGGAAAGAGAAGAGCCUUGGGGACGAGGAAGAGCCACCUGCCUUCGAGUCGACAAAAAGUCAGUUGGGCAGUGCCGGGCCGUCGUCCGAGGCCGCUCGGAACCUUCCCCUGGAGUCCACCAAGUCACCAGCAGAACCAAGUAAAUCAGGCCCGCCCUUGGAGGGACCCCUGGGCUUCCAGCCAAGGACUCCCAAGCCAGGGCCCGGUGCGGAAUCAGGGAAGGAGAGGAGGACAACGUCCAAAGAGAUUUCCGUCAUCCAGCACACCAGCUCCUUCGAGAAGUCCGACUCCCUGGAGCAGCCCGGGGGCCCGGAGGGGGAAGAGAAGCCUCCAGCCCCAUUCUCCUCGCACCCCGCCGCCUCGGCCCACACACGCCCGCCACACUCGCUGCAGCCCAGGUUGGUCCGGCAGCCCAACAUUCAAGUUCCCGAGAUCCUGGUGACCGAGGAGCCUGACCGGCCCGACACGGAGCCCGAGCCGCCCCUGAAGGAGCCCGAGAAGACAGAGGAGUUCCAGUGGCCCCAGCGCAGCCAGACGCUCGCCCAGCUCCCCGCCGAGAAGCUGCCGCCCAAGAAGAAGAGGCUGCGCCUGGCAGAGAUGGCCCAGUCGUCGGGCGAGUCCAGCUUCGAGUCGCCCGUGCCUCUGUCUCGCAGCCCCAGCCAGGAGAGCGGGUCCAGCCGCUCGGCCUCCUUCGAGAGGGAUGAGCACGGGAAAGCAGAGGCCCCUGGCCCCUCCUCCGACACACGCCCCAAGCCCUUGGGCACCCACAUGCUGACUGUCCCCAGCCACCACCCACACGCCCGAGAGAUGCGCAGGUCAGCCUCGGAGCAGAGCCCCAACGUGUCCCACUCUGCGCACAUGACCGAGACACGCAGCAAAUCCUUCGACUACGGCAGCUUGUCCUCCGCAGGCCCUCCCACGCCAGGCCCCGCCGGGCCCCCAGCCCCAGCAGCUCCUCCGGAGAGAAGGAAAUGCUUCCUGGUGAGACAGGCCUCUCUGAGCAGGCCUCCAGAAGCCGAGGCCGAGGCCGCCCCCAAGGGGAGACAGGAGAGUGAGGAAGCACAGCCCUCGCCCGGCAAACCUCCCACCAAAAGCUCACUACCCCAGAUCUCCUCGGCGGGCCCCUCGCACAGCGGGCACUCUGGAGGCAAGGGCCAGGUGCAGGACCGGCCCCCGAGGGGCUCUCCUCCACCCUACACAGAGGCACUGCAGGUGCUGCACCACCCCGUGGCGCAGCUCCCCCUGCCGGAGAAACCGUACCUGCCCCCGCCCGUCUCCCUCUUCUCCUUCCAGCACCUCCUGCAGCAUGAGCCCGGACAGUCUCCAGAGUUCUUCUCCACCCAGGCCAUGUCCAGCCUCCUCUCCUCGCCGUACUCCGUGCCCCCACUUCCUCCCUCUCUGUUUCAAGCCCCACCGCUUCCUCUCCAACCUACAGUUCUGCACCCAGGCCAGCUCCACCUCCCGCAGCUCAUGCCUCAUCCUGCCAGCAUCCCCUUCCGGCAGCCCCCUUCGUAUCUCCCCAUGCCAUACCCCUCCUCAUCAGCACUCUCCCCGGGGUUCUUCCUGCCGCUGCAAUCCCAGUUUGCGCUUCAGCUCCCUGGCGAUGUGGAGAGCCACCUGCCCCUGAUCAAAACCAGCCUGGCCCCGCUGGCCACAGGAACCGCCGGCCCCUCCUCCAGCACAGCGUACAGCAGCGACGUCCAGCUGCCCCCCGGGGCUCCCCCAGCCAGCUCCUCGGCACCCACAUCGGCCCCUCCGCUGGCCCUGCCCGCCUGUCCGGAUGCCAUGGUGUCCCUGGUUGUCCCCGUCCGCAUUCAGACCAACAUGCCAUCCUAUGGGAGUGCAAUGUACACCACCCUCUCCCAGAUCUUGGUCACCCAGUCCCCAGGCAGCACAGCCACAGCAUCUCUUGCCAAGUUUGAGGAGCCCCUGUCUACAGGGACAGCUGCACGUGGGGCGGAGGUGUAUGAGGUGGAGCCGGGACCAUCUGGGUUAAGUGACGAGCAUAGCAGAGGGUUCCCGACUCCAUACCUGAGAGUGCCUGUCACAUUGCCCGAAAGGAAAGGCCCCUCCCUGUCAUCAGAGAGUGUCUUGAGCCUGGAGGGGAGCUCAUCCACCGCAGGGGGAAGCAAACGUGUCCUUUCCCCAGCUGGCAGCCUUGAACUCACCAUGGAAACCCAGCAGCAAAAAAGGGUGAAGGAGGAGGAGGCUUCCAAGGCAGACGAAAAACUGGAGUUGGUGAGGCCAUGCAGCGUGGCGCUUCCCAGCCCCGAGGAUGGAAAGAGGCCAGAGAGACCCCACGUAGGCAGUCAGGGCCAGAGCAGGAGGGAGCUAGAAGCAGCGUCCAGCCUGUCCUCAGACCCGUCUCACCCAAAGGAAGUUCCUCCUCUGCCCCAUCCCACGUUGCCUCCCGGGACAGACCCAGGCUCUGAAGCUCUGAGAGAAUGUGCCCAGCCAACUGGCAGACCUCACCGAAGAGGGCUGCCCCCACUGAGCGUGAAGAAAGAAGACCCCAAGGAACAACCUGACCUCCCUCCCUUAGCACUUCCCAGCUCUCUGCCUCUGUCAGAAACGCCCCCCAGACCAGCCAAGCCGCAAGAAGGUAUGGACUCAAAGAAGGUACUGCAGUUCCCCAGCCUCCACACGACCACUAAUGUCAGUUGGUGCUAUUUAAACUACAUUAAGCCAAAUCACAUCCAGCAUGCAGAUAGGAGGUCCUCUGUUUACGCUGGUUGGUGCAUAAGUUUGUACAACCCCAACCUUCCGGGGGUUUCCACUAAAGCUGCUUUGUCCCUCCUGAGGUCUAAGCAGAAGGUGAGCAAAGAGACAUACACCAUGGCCACAGCUCCGCAUCCUGAGGCAGGAAGGCUUGUGCCAUCCAGCUCCCGCAAGCCCCGCAUGACAGAGGUUCACCUCCCGUCACUGGUGUCCCCGGAAGGCCAGAAAGAUAUAGCUAGAGUGGAGAAGGAAGACGAGACGCGAGGGAAGCUGGAGAAGGACGCUCCUGCCUCCAAGGGAGGGGAGCCGGCGAGGAUCAAAAUCUUCGAAGGAGGGUACAAAUCAAACGAAGAGUAUGUAUAUGUGCGAGGCCGCGGCCGAGGGAAGUAUGUUUGUGAGGAGUGUGGAAUUCGCUGCAAGAAGCCCAGCAUGCUGAAGAAACACAUCCGUACCCACACUGACGUCCGGCCCUAUGUGUGCAAGCACUGUCACUUUGCUUUUAAAACCAAAGGGAAUCUGACUAAGCACAUGAAGUCGAAAGCCCACAGCAAAAAGUGCCAAGAGACAGGGGUGCUGGAGGAGCUGGAAGCCGAAGAAGGAACCAGUGACGACCUGUUCCAGGACCCGGAAGGGCGCCAGGGCUCAGAGGUGGUGGAGGAACACCAGUUUUCAGACCUGGAGGGCUCGGAUUCCGACUCGGACCUGGAUGACGAGGAAGACGAGGACGAGGAGGAGAGCCAGGACGAGGCGCCCCGGCCGUCUGCAGAGGCUGCCCCACCCAGCCGGCCAGACUCCUCCCCGCUCCCCAGCCCUCAGCCCUCAGGUGCCAGCGCCGAGCUGCAGGCCGCGCCAAGUGGCUCCGUCUCGGAAGCUGAGCGCCCGACAGCCAGGACCUGCUGCUCCUGCAGUCAGAGCACCCUGUGCCUCCCCCCGCCGGGGCCGGCCCCCGCAGGCCCCGUGGAGAAGGACGCAGGCCCAGCCCCGAGCUCCAAGGCUGCAUCGCCCCGACGGCCGUGGUCCCCAAGCCGAGAACCAGGCAGCCGCCCACCGCUGGCCCGCAAACACUCACUAACCAAAAACAACUCGUCUCCGCAGCGAUGCUCACCGGCCCGGGAGGCCCUGGCCCCGGCCUCGAGCCCACCCGGCCUCCAGACAGGCCCACGAAGAGACACGGGCCCCCUCCCCUGCGGGUCUCCACGACUCCAGCUGUCUCCUCUCACCUUCCAUCCCCUGGGAAGAGAACCAACCCCUCGCGCACACCUGCCCCCCGAACUUGAGGGCACCCCAGGCCCGGGCCCCCUCCGCCACUCACCCACCAGGAGAUGGUCUCCGGGCCAGGCAGCGUCCCCGCCACGGCCGGUGCUGCCAGGGGAGUGGGCCUUGGCUGGGCCGGGCAGCCCCUCGGCGGGUGAGCAUGGCCCAGGCUCGAGGCCGGCCCCGCGGGUUCCCCUUCCACCCGCGCCUCUACCUCACAAGCUCCUCGGCAGAAGCUCCGAGACCUGCGCCUCCACCUGGAAGGCCGAGCCCCGAAGUCCGUCCUGCUCACCUGGCCCUGCUCAUCGAUUCUGCUCCCGACCCUUCUCUGCCUCCCGCGACUUCCUCGGCCACAUCCCAGCCCGGACAGAGGAGAACAUCUUCAGCCACCUGCCGCUGCACUCCCAGCACCUGACCCGCGCCCCGUGCCCCUUGAUCCCCAUCGGGGGGAUCCAGAUGGUGCAGGCCCGGCCGGGGCCCACGGUGGCCUGGGUCAGCGGCUUCUCAGGGGGUGGCAGCGACCUGACAGGGGCCCGGGAGGCCCAGGAGCGAAGCCGCUGGAGUCCCACCGAGAGCUCGCCAGCCUCUGUGUCCCCCGUGGCUAAGGUCUCCAAGUUCACCCUCUCCUCGGAGCUGGAGGGCAGGGAGGACCCCAGGGAGAGGGAGAGAGAACGGACAGGCGGGGGCCUGGGCAGACCUCCAGACUGGGAGCCCCAGGGGGCCGAGGCGCCCCCAGAACCCACGCCCAGGCACAGCUCCCACACCCCACCCGAGGCUUCAUCCCGGCCACCCCAGGGCCACUGGGCAGUACUGUCCCGGAGCCCCCGCUUGGAGUCACCACGCGCACCGGCCAAGCCCGAGGACCCAGCCACCCCGCCACUGGACCGCAGCAGCUCCGUGGGCUGCCUGGCCGAGGCCUCCGCUCGCUUCCCAGCCCGGAGGAGGAGGAACCUCUCCGGGGAACCCAGGACCAGGCAGGGCUCCCCUGAGCCCUCAGGAAGUGGGGAGCCCAGGGCGCCUCCACCACAGCCCGAGGACAGGGGCCCGCCGAGCCCUUAGUCUCCGUGUGGCCGCCCCAGCAUGCGGCUCCCAGCGGCAGGCAACGGAUCUCUGCAGCCAGCCCCUCGACUCACGGCGCUCACCGUCCCUCUGCCCUGACUGUCUGUCCAUCCGUCCAUCCGUCCGUGCUGCUUCUGCCCGCAAGCCCGUCUGUCCUACCUUCCCAUGUCUGCAGUUACCUGUGCCUUUUCUACACCUUUUGUUGCUUGAAAGGAAACAAAACCAAUCAUACACGUGCAUAAACCCCACCCACCCACCCACCCACGAGACGUCCCGGGGCCGAGAAGGAUUUGUGCUGUACCGGGAGGCGCCUCCUGACCCCCACCCCUCGCCCGAGCUGGCCAGGCGCAGACCCUGCUGAGGGCAAAGGGGUGCCCUGAGGGAGAGGAGGAAAAGGAAACUUUUUAAAAUGCGUGAUUAAAUGCAGAAGCAAGCACUGCUGUGUGCAGACGUUCCUGGUCCUGUUCACUGCCGCUCUGUCCCUGCCCCCGCCCCCGCACUCCGCAAGCAGGCCUGGAAAACCAUUUUUUCCUUUUUUAAUUUAUUUCUUUGCCUGAAAGAGGAAAAAAUGUUGUCCAUGCUAGGAUUCAACACGAGUUCAUAGGAACAGGUAGGAGGUAGGAGCUGGUUCUCCCAGGCUCCCAGCUACCCGGGUAGUCUGAGCCGGGGUCCAUCCUGGCAUGUGACAAGUGGACGAACCACCCCAGCCCUGGCUUCCGGCCCUCUGCUCCCUGGGCUGGGAAAGGAGUCCUGGCUGACUGCCUGUUCCCUAGGCACCUGGCCUAGGCCUUGCUCUCAGGGCCCUGGUCGUAGGCUCCUUCUCCAUCCUAAAAACCACCCACAAAGCUCAAAGCAAGGCACAAGGCCCAGGGGCAUGGAGUGUGGGUCCUACUUCACCUGAUCCCGGGGGACAGGGACCCCAUUCCCUUCGCUGGCUAAGCUCUCCCAGUGCCUGGCGCUGGAGGCCCAUGGGGACUCCUUGGUGCCCACCCCACUUUCUGAGGCCUUCGCUCCCCCACAGAAAUACCCCCAAAAUGACAGCUGGGGGCUGCCCGGGCCUAUUGUCGGUUUUGACCUCUAAAUACAGACAUGCAGAGACACACACAUACACACGAGGGUAUGUACUUCCGAAAGUUCAUUGAAGAAAUUAAAAGAUCAGCUUAUUUCAAUGCAAGCAUUUUGAAACCCUUGUGAAUCCGGAGGCUUCAGAAAGUACAUGGGCAAUGGGCAUGAAGAACACCACGGGGCUCAAGAACUUGCAUCAAAAUAAGCUUAGUUUCCCAUGAGUGCUCUCCAGUCCUCUCGUGUGUGGUUGUGUGUGCACACGUACAUGCAGAUAUAAAUACACUCGCACGUAAAGAGAGGAAGGCACUGGGUCUUCCCCAGCCGCCUCACAGUCUCCUGCCCAGAGGAUUUUUGAAUGUCCCUGCGUCACUUCAAGUCUUCUCCAAAGCAAGGUGGACUAGCCAGUGCCUCUUCCGUAUCCCUGCCCGAGGCCACCUCUAAGAGGUCACCCUGCAUUUCCAGGGACAGACGCCUGCUUUGGUAAGAAAAAUAAUUACACCCCCCCCCCAAACUUAAAUCCCAAGUUGAAGUGUGGAACUUGAACUUGAGCCUAUUUACCCAGUGUCAAUAAAUGUGGAAACAAGUGCUCCUGGUACAGGCAGGCGGGCUCGGUUCCAGUCUCCGCCCGGGAGAGGUGAGUGCCUUCCACAAGCUUCCAAAAGAGUCGUUCUUUGCUUCCUGCAAGGCAGGGGAAGUGCAAGGUCCGCGGUGGCCGCCCACCCAGGCCGGGCGCCGAGGCAACCUCACUCAGAGCCGGGCCUUUUCUUCUGUCUGAAGCCAGGGCCCGGCCAGGGGCUCCGAGCUGUGGGGGCUGCUCAGGCAGGGCGCUGAGUGGGAAGGGCUGAGAUGCCGCUGGGGGCUCCCUGUGCUUGUCUCUCCCCCAGUUCAAGGGUGUCUUCGCCAGCUUGGCCCCUGCUGGAUGCGCGGCCCAGCCACUGGUCCAUCCUCCAGCUGGGCCCCUGGCUCUUUCUCCUGUGCUUCACACACAGGGGACAGGAGGACAGAGCGUGCCCGGGGCUCCUGUGCUCCUGGACACUGGGGAGUUGUGGUCAGCCAGUGACCUUGGCUGCCAGAUUGAGCCUGGAGGUGUCACCCACUCUGAGAGAGACCAGUGAGCCCAGCCUGGACAGUGUUGGCACUGUUUGGGCUUGACAGGAAGUGGACAGGGCCCUGGCCCCAUUCACAGCCCAGGCUGGCAUCAGGGCCUUCCUCACCAUCAUCUUAUUUAGUCUCAAUUCCUGGGGACUUUAGGAGGGGAGACUUGGCAGGGGCUGGAAACCUCCCAGGGCAAAACCUUCCUGCCCCACACUGGGUGCUCAUCUUGGGGGCGGCCACACCCCUCCACCCCUCGAUGUGCCCUUAGCUGUUCUGGGGAGCUGAGGGCUGGGUGGUACGGCUGGCAGGGGCAAGGGGGCACAGCGGGCCAGGAGUCACAGGAGACUCCUUCCCAAAUGACGGGGACAUAUGCACAAAUGAAAUUUGACCAAAGGGCUACUGCCUCACACAGGUGCCCAGAAGAACAGAAUCGAUGCCACCAGCCUGGGGCUCCUGUCACUGGGCACAGACUCCACCCCCGCUCCCCAGGGCACAGGUGCACAGCCCCACACACACACCUCCCCCUCCGCGCCACCAGCCCCGGGCCUUGGAACAUGGCACUGACGGACUGCACAGACGCCUGGGCCCCUGUGAAGCUGGCGGCAUGGCCACUCCCUGGUGCACAGGAGCUCUGAUUCUGGGCUCUCGGGAGCAGGGGCUCAGUGUUUGUGAAGGCUUCAGAUCCGAACUUCACCAUCUACGGUGGGUUCCGCACCCCCGGUCUGCCUGCCAGGAAGCCCUUUGCCCCCUGCCAUCUCAGGGUCCUUCUGAGUACUACCCGGCCUGUUCCCACUGCAGGCCUGACCCCUCCUGCCCCCAGCCACUGAGACCCUCCGGGAGCCCACAAGCGGUGGGCCACCCCCCUCACACCCCAGAGCCUCCAACCUCCAGACCCAGAAGUCUCUCUGGCGCCCUCUGUUGGGAAAAGUAGGCAAGGAUUAGCUUCCAUACUCCUCAACCGGGUCCUUUGGCAUGGGAGCAGGCCCUGUAUCUGAGCUGAAUCUCUCUUUCUAGUACAUUUUCCAGACAAAUCCUUCUUAAAGCAAAAGUCUCGGCUGAGCAGCCGUCCUUGGGGGGCCUCCCUGCCACACUGACCAGGGGAGAAAGUGCCCGGAAGGCCUGUUCCCCAAAUUCUGCUUCCGUGUCGUGAAUCCAGUCUGCUUCCCACUAGAAAAUUACUUCAGCACUCACGAUCACUUUACUAAAUCAAGUGUUUUAAAAAACAAAACAAAACAAAAAAAAGCAAAGAGAAACAAGUAGGCAAAUGUAAGAUACGCACUGUCUGUAAGAUAAAUAUUUGCCUUUUUUUUCUAAAAGGUGUAUGUAUUCUGUGUGUGAAAUUGUCCUUAGAGAGUUUCUAUGUUCUUCAAUGGCAAUACAUUCCAAAAAUCGUACUGUACGUAUGUACAGUAGCUGCACUGGGAUGAGAUAGGUUUUGCCUGUAAUUUUAUUUAAACUCCCGUUUCUACACUUGCAUCUUGCAAUGUCGGUAUGGUAUAUAUCAGUGCAAAAGAAAAAAAAUACUCCAUAACAAAAAAAAAAAGUCCACGCAGGUCCAAAGCACAGAGUCUGGCUUCCAGAAGGGACCGAAUGCUCAGUCUCGCUGUGUGUGACCUCUGUUGUAAAUGACAUCUGUACUGUGAAUGAGACGUUUUUACAAGUCUAAUAAUUGCCUUUAUUACAGCUCGGGCUGAGUGUUCUGCCUGAGGAUAUUUUUUACAAAAAAAAAAAAAAAAAGCACGUUGGAAUAAAUUUGAAAACCCCAACAUA